AUGACAAAUAAAGGAUUAUUAGGAGAAAAUGAAGCUCAUCGAAUUACAGAGUUCAAUUUUUUACAUGUAUUUCCAUGGCUUCAUGAUCCUGAUGUACUUGAAUAUGUAUUGAGUCAUCUUCAUGUUAAAUCAUUUUCAUUAAAUGAAUAUAUUUAUAAAGUAAAUAAUGAUUCUCAAGCAUUAUUUUUUAUUACAGCUGGUUAUGUCGAAACAAUAAGAAAUAUGCCAAAAUAUCAUGAUGCAUUAUCAAUUGAAAAAUUUCAUAAAAAUAAAGAAAAUAAUUCAUCUGAAGAUAUAAAAUUAAAAAAAGAUUCAUUUACUUUUAAUUCAAAAUCAAAUUAUUAUCAAAAACAAUCUUAUGAAAUUAAUUCAAUAAAUGAAUCUCAAACUAAUCAUCAUCUUUGUCAUCAAUGUUAUGUUGAUGUUCAAAAAAUCGAUAUCAUUGAUAAGAAUGCUUUAUUAAAUGAAGAUCUAUUUCAAUGGUCUGAUAUUGACUCUGAACAAAAAUAUUUAUUCUUUGAUAAUACAAAAAAAUUAUUAAAUGUUAAUGAAAGUAUUCUUUCUCAGCUUAAUAUAAAUGAUUCUAUACUCGAUUUUUUUCCAACAAAAGAAUCAACUACAGUCUAUCGAUUGUUAUAUGCACCAGGUGAUGUUAUUGGUCAUAUUGAUUUACUCAAUGGACAAAAGUAUACAGAAACAUGUAAAUGUAUUACAAAUACUCUUGUUUGGUAUUUAAAAUCAAACGAUCUGAUUGUUCUUAUUGAACGUUUUAAACAUUUAAAGAUCUUAGAAAAAAUAUGGCAUUAUAGUGCAUUACAAUUAGCUGAAGGUGUUUUGUAUGAAUAUUUAAAUAUAGUGCCAUACGAUGCAACAGAACAAGAACGUUUUCAUAUUUAUGGUCAUUUAAAACAUGCAUUUCUUAUACCUGAAUCAUAUUUAAUUGAACACAAAAUAAUCUAUUCAUCACAUGAACUUAUUCUUAUACAAGGUCAAUUAGAAAAUAUUACUUCAUCAUUGAUUUAUACUGGACCAUGUUUUAUACAAAUUGAAUUUGGUCAAUAUGGUCUUAAACCGCUGAAUAUAAGUGAAACUAAAAUACUGGUUCUUCGAAAUUCUCAUUAUCAUGAUACACUUAAUGAUGAAUUUGUUUUACCAUUAGAUUUACCAGGUUUAUUAACACAUAUUAUUUAUGAUGAAAAAUUGGACAUUCUUUUACCUCGUAGUAGUAUUAAAUAUGAACAUAUCGUUACACAAUCUAAUAUUGAUCAAUCUUCAAAAGAAAUGACCAAGAAAACAUUAUUAGGUCGAUUUUUAGAAAGUCUACCAAAAUUUCAACGACGUAUUAUGAACCCAUAG